AUGAAGGUUGUCAAGGAAACGCUUGCUGAUAGCUUCCCACAACAGAAAGCGACACAACGACCAUCUGAUGAUAUGACAUCAAUCUUUACUCAAUUCUUAUCCUUCAAUAAUGAUCAGGAACGGUUGCAACAAUUCUAUAGACAGAUGGAAAAAUUGAGUCAGCAAAAAGAAUCACAGAAGAAUGACAGCUCAUUUGAUGAAAAUCAAUUUCUACGACAUUGUGCUGAUUUGCGAAGACAGUUGGAUAAUUACAAGCGCAAGAUAGGAGGAAGGAAAAAUAUAAGCGAACAGCAAGAAAAUACAAUUAAGAAUUUGAGAACAUUGACUGACCAAUUGUCAAGUUUAAUGACUUCAGAAAAAACUUCCCUGGCAAGUGAUUCCGUCAAAACGUUUGCUUCCAAAAAUGUAGGAGAAGAUGAAAAGGCACAGAGUGAAGAGACGAACAGUGUAGAAGGUAUUAUCGAGAUUUCAUCAAAGGAUUCAUCAUCAGAUCCAGACUAUGCCUUCGAUCAUUCGGUAAUCGAAGGACAUGACAGAAUAUAUGAUAUGAACUUAAGAGAAGAGUUGGAAAAUCGAGAAAAUACAGUCACUGAAAAUGAUCGAUUCGUCGCCGUGACUAAUUUCAAAGCACAAGAAAAAGAAGAUUUAACUUUAAAGGAAAAUGAAUUAGUACGAAUUAUUGCUACUCGACAAGAUGGCUGGUGGCUAGCAGAAAAUGCAAAUGGUGAUCGCGGAUUCAUUCCGAAAACAUUUCUGAAAGUUCACAAAGAAUUGAUUGACUUUAAAGAAGCAUCAAAAGAGUCUGGUAAACCUUUACCAAUGCCUCGGCGAACUGUUGCCGCGAAAACAGAUAGAGUUGCAAAUCGUCGUACAAUCGAAAAUGAAGAUAUCUCAGCAAAAUCAAAAAAUACCGAAGGAAAAAAUCAGCGGAAUGAUGUAAAUGUCGGAGUUAUUAGAGAUGUGAUUGCGCCCGCAGCGACUUCAAAUAUUGGACAAGAUGUCGAAACUAAAAUUCUUGAAGAAUCUAGCUCUGAAAGCAGCAAAGUUUCGGGACAAGACUUGAAGUUGUCUCAACCAAAAAUCCCAAAAAUUACCCACCGGAGGCCGCUCACUCAACCUGCAUUUGUGCUAGAUGCGUUCAAGAGAGCUAAUGAUUGCAGUAAUCAUCUAACUUAUGAAUGUUACCUGGCACCACGUCUUAGUAAAUCGAAUUAUGCAUUUCAUGAUAUUUAUUGGAACUAUGAAGACGACAGGCUGCGGAAAAGAAGAGUGCGAGUCAGUAAAAUGAUCAAAGUGACACGUUUGGAUAAAGUGCGCCUUAGUGCCAUCGAUGUGCACUGCCGAUUAGUACGAGCAUAUUUGUUCGACCGGAAAAGUACAGAGGAAGAAUGUCAAAUUGUAAGCAACGUGUAUACAAUCAAGGCACACCCACGCAAACGUGAUCCACAAACGUGGAUUUUCUCCACAAUGAAAGACAUGGAGAAAACAUUACUCAAUUAUCCUUCAUUCAUCGUACGUUCGAAUUACAAGCAGAAAAGUGUGACACUAUGCCUGGAAGCCACUAUUAUAUUCAGCGAUCACGAAGGAGUAAUAUCUGAACAAUCACUUGGUCGUGUUUUGUUACCGAUCAUCGAUGAAAACGGACAUUGCUGCAUAAAAAACAAUUCUUUGCCAGAUGUUUUCUUAUGUCAUACACUAUUCCUGCCAAUGUUUUUCUACUACCGACGUUUGUUAGGUCAAUUUUUGACGAAAGAUCGAGAUAACUGUGGUAGUACAGCACUUAAAGCUGAACCAUUCCUUGCUACAUUUCCGGCUAUUGCUGAUCAGCCUGAUAUAAUGGAAAUGUUGUGGCAGCUUUGGAAAAUUCAUGAGAAAAAUGUGACUAACAAGAAGCUUUCUGAAAUGGAGGAAGCCGAACGAUUCCGUUCAUUUUAUCUAGCAACUGGAUUCAUUUUUCACCAAACCGUUGCUAUGCCCAAAUUUAACUGGGCUGAUGUUAGAUGCUUUCUCGAUCGACAGACAAAGCUCAAUCAUUUCCGGGAACAGUAUUUGCAUGAUUUUGAUGCCAUUAAAUAUCUCAGCAGAGAACGCUGUCAUCCAGUUGACGUAUACAGUUGUGCGGUGGAUAUUAUUGGUCCUCAUGCCGUCAGCUGA